UGCAAAUUCUUGCUUCUUUGUCAUUCGACAUUCAAUUUUAAAUUCGUGAACAUAAGCGACGCCGACGCUUAAAAUCGACAAAAUCAAAUUGCCUCUAGGUCCAAGGGGCUCGUACUGAGAAAUACUACAGCAUUGAACAUUGUUCCAGUUAGAAAAGCAUACAAGAGUGUAAGGAAAGUUAGCCACGCAAGAAAAUCUCAACGAUGGCAGAUAUUACUGAAGCAACAUCCAGCUCACCUGCAGAUCUCCUUGCUUUAGGUCGCCGACAUCUUGCUGUACGUGAUUAUGUGGGGGCUGUAGAAUCUCUGGCAGCUUCUUGUGAACUUUUAGCUAAGGAACAUGGAGAAAUGGCAGAUGAGUGUGCCGAGGCGUAUUUAUGGUAUGGCAAAGCUCUGCUAGGUUUGUCACGAGAAGAGAAUGGUGUCCUCGGUGAUGGAGUCCCUGGUUCUAAUGAAGAUGGAGGAAAUGAGGAAGGUGACGAUGAUAAUAAUGAUGAAGAAGAUGAAAAUACCGAAGAUGAUACCAAUGAGGUGGAAGAAAAGAACAGUGAUGUUGAGGGUGAGAAAAUGGAGCAAACUGACUCCGUCGUUGUGGAAGAAACAAAGAAAGAUGAGGAUGGGACAAGUUCAGACACAGUUAUUGACACAGAUGGCACAUCAAAUGGUGAUACACAGGAUGACUCGAGUCAAGUCGAUGAGGAUGAUGUCGACAAUCUCCAGCUUGCAUGGGAAAUGUUAGAUCUAUCACGCAGUAUUUUAGAGCGCCGAGCGGACUCAGUGAAGCCACUGCUAGCUGAAGUUCAUCUUACCCUCGGAGAAGUUGCAAUUGAGAGUGAGACAUAUGAUAAAGCCGUUAUUGAUAUGUUUAAAUGUUUGGAAAUUCAAAAAGAGCUGUACAAAAAUGAUGACAGACGUAUUGCAGAAACACACUAUCAAAUUGGUUUGGCUAAUUCCCUCGCUUCAAACUUCGAAGAGUCGAUAACUCACUUCAAAAAUGCAGCAAACAUUAUACAAUCUAGAAUUAAGACUCUAGAGAAUUCAUCUGCAGCCAGCACUGAUGCUACUGUAAAGAAAUACUCAUUAGCUGAUCCAACAUAUUCUGUGGAGAGUGAGAUUAAGGAGUUGAAGGAGCUUCUACCUGAAAUCCAAAUGAAAAUACAAGACACAUUGGAUUAUCAAACCGAGACAAUGGAACGUGUCCGAAAAGCGCUUAGUUCGACGAAAAUUGCGGCUACCCUAAGCAAUGGUGCGUCUUCUUCCUCAUCAUCAUCAAAACCAGCCGCCUCUAAUAUCUCACACCUCAUCAAGCGGAAACGCAAGCCCGAAGAAGCCGAGGAUGCGCCAGCCCCGAAGAAAGUUAGCACAUGAUAGUGACUAUAUUUAAACCCUUAAAUGCAUGCAAUAAUGUGUAAUUUAGCGUAACGACGGACGAUUAGUCUGAAGACUAUGUACAUGAUAGUGACAAUAUUUGAACCCUUAAAUGCUUGCAAUAAUGUGUAAUUUAGCGUAACGACGGACGAUUAGUCUGAAUACUGUGUGAUAUUUGUUAUUGAAUGAACUGAUUUAAACUAGACUGUUUUUGUAAUAGAAUCUAAUUUCCAUUGGUUUUGACCGAAUCAACUGAAUGUGUUAUUGACAAAGUGGUAGGUAUUGAUAAAAUUUAUUUUUAUUUUGUAUUUUGCUAGAUAUCAAUUGAUUUUAAAAUACAUACUGUCGUAAAUACUUAAUUCUGAAACUAAAUAAAAAGUAUAAAAUAUUUUACAUACAUACAUAUUAAAAUAAAAUUAAGUUGUUUUAUCAAUCUUGUGUUAAAAUGAAUCUGUAUUGCUUGAGAUUCUGUUACUAUCAAAUAAAAAUCACAAUUAUCCUUAUAAAUUAUCUGUUAUGUCGUAAAUAAACACAUUAUUUUGACUUAAUCUAUUAUAAUUAUUUAAUAUAAAAUAAGUUCAAUAAUUGACAUUAAUUGCCCAGGUACUUAAUAAAUCUUAAAAACACUAAGUUUUAUUUAGUACCUCCCUAAAGUAAUAAUAAUUUAAGUCAUAUCGCCAACGUAUCAGUUAUAAUAAGAUAAUAAUAUUGUAUAAUUUCUUAAUAAUCGUGCUAAAUAUAGAAUAUUUUUUGGUAA